AUGGAUUCUGCCGCAGACUCUCUUCUCGCAUUAUCGACACUUGCAACAGCUGCGAACGCACCCGUGACCCAGGAGGAUGACAAUCGUUCGAGCAGUCUCAGCGAGCUCGACGGCGAGCUCGACGACGAAGGGCCCGAUGAGGCCGGCGACGAUGCUGACGAUGACAUCGACGACGACGACGAGGACGACGAUGAGGACAUGGACGAUGCGCCACAAAACGAAACACCAGACCGACCAACAGUGGCCGAUAAUGACUCAGAGGCUGAGACAGAGCGACUGGAAGAGUCGCCUGACAAACCUGGCCACAGGAAGUCUUUCGUUGCUACGCCCAGCAAGCUAGCAAAACCCGUCCUCCUGAAUCACAGUCCGAACGAGAGACCCGAAAUCGAGAGCCUUACAGAGAGCGCCAUCUCCUCUCCCAUUUCUUCUCACGACGAUUCGGACGACGAUCUCAGCGACGCGCCCGCCGAUAACGAAGAUGCAGAACCAGCAGUAGAUCGCUCUCUUCAGCUAUCACCUGGUAAAAGGAAGCGGCAAGACGAUGAACAAGAGGAAGAAGAGAAGACUCGCAGCCGCAGACGCAGGACACAUUCCGUUGCGAGUGACGACGCGAAAUCAGAUCGCGAAUCAGAGCCUGAAGAAGGACCAAGUCGAGAGAGCCGUGAGGGCACACUCGAACCGGUCGCCGAAGCCAGAGUGCCCGACGAAGAGCUGAGCGAGGAAGACGACGAUCGGCAGAACGGCGUAGAAAAAGACGUUGAUCAACUCAAAGGCAAGAAACGAACUCCACCGAGCCGGGUUUCGUCCCGAAGACGAGGCAAGGACGAAGCACAGGAUACUGAACAAGAGGCCGAUGAAGAGCCUGAUGCUGAUGCAGACAGCGAUGAUGCUGAGGUAGACGACGCUGAAGCUGUUGUAAAGAGCGAGGAAGAACAAGCCAGAAGAAUGGCAGCCAUGGAUGGACUGAGCGUGCUUGAGAAACAUUUUGCCACAUUGCGAGACCGACUCUACGACGAGCGCAUCGCGGCUAUUAACCAUGAGCUACAGCAAUUAGCAGAAUCGGUCCCAUCGCAUCCCGAGCUCCUCAAGCAAUUAGAAGCUGUCCGCAAACACCGAGACGAAAAGUUUGAGACUGAGCAGAAGCUCCUGGUCUUUAAGAUUGGUGCCUUGAAGGUCAAGAGUAUGUCUGAACGAGCACAAGUGCAUAGCGCGUUCUUCCAGACUAUGAGAGAUGUUCGCGAGAAGCAUUUGGACAGGCUCAGCGAGCACUUUUACCGCAUUCAGCGGGAGCGCUUCAAGUCUGAACAGUCUACAGCGAACUAUGGCAUACCAUUUGCCACCAAGCGAUCAAAGCAGAUCACUCAACAGACGGCGUACAACAAGGAAGUGUCCAUUCUCUCAGGUGUGGCCAAAUAUGUCGGCUUCCCAGCAGCACCAGACCUUGCGCAAUCAAGUACGAAGGAAAUGGAGGACGAUCUGGCCAAGAUGGGUCUUAAGACAGGUGUAAGUAUGAUCAACAAGGACAUCAGGCCGCCACUCAUCAAUUCGCAGGUCUCAAGUCAGAACCGGCAACCUCGGCCCGUACAGCGUGUUACCAGCACUUUCAGCAACAUCUCUGCUCCCGCUGCGGAGGAGCAGUUCCUGGAGAAGAACCCUUGGGCGAAUGCGCAGCAUCCCAUGCAUAGACUCGGGAUAAGUCGACAGAACUCCAAUCGCUCCCCUCUCCACGACACCACUUACCUCACGCCCGCCAACCAGCAGCGGCUUGGAGAGAAAUCCGCCUUGAUGGGCUCGGCCUCGACCAUUGCGGAAUACCCAUCGUCGCAAUUGAACACACCUCACGACAGCUCAGUUAUCGCCGAGCAACCGCCCAAUACGACCUAUCCGCUUAACGGUCGACAAAACUCUACCUCCCCAUUUGACACUCGCCGCCAUAUCACGAGCGCUCCUGAUGGGCAGAUACAUGAGUCUGCACAAAUCGGCAACUCGUCGCCACUAGCGUCACGACUGGGAACAGCUGCUUCGCCUUCGCGGGCAGCCAUAACGCUUACCGACAGCGUGGCAGACAGGUCAACUAUUUCGGCGAGAGCGCCAGGUAUAACGACCGGACCAGGCUUUGCGAUGGCGCGAUUUUAA